AUGAAGCUGCUUCUUCUGGGGUCCAACUCCAAGGCAGUGCCUUUGAUGAUGUUGGUGUUGGUCCUUACAGGUAUGGUCGAACAAGGUCGGGCCACUUCUUGUCACAACACAUUCUUGAUGGCACUGGUGCAGUUGAUACCGUGCAGAGCUGCGGUUACUCCCUUUAGCCGAAUUCCACCGAGCGAUACCUGCUGCAACGCCAUCAAAGCUCUGGGUCAACCAUGUCUAUGUGUUCUUGUCAAUGGUCCUCCCAUAACCGGUGUAGAUCGGAACAUGGCACUCCAGCUGCCUCAGAAAUGUUCUGCCAACUUUGAACCAUGCGAUGCAAUGAAGUAG